CGGAUUUGGGAUGGUUGUGUUUCCUUCUCACUCGCCCUUGCCCACCCGCGGAUUCGAAUUUCAAACGGCACUUAUCAACAGCAGUAGCAGAGCUUACUUCAACAAAAUCAACACCAACUUGAUAUCUAUUCUAUCAAUGGCGAAGAACAACAAAGGCAGAAACUCAAAGAGACCACAGUCGAUUAAACAAGAAGAAGAGAUAGCGGACAUGGAAGAUUUGUUUAGCGAAGGAGAUACCCGCAAGAUAAGGGCGUCGUUGUUGGAUUGGUACGACGAGAACCAGAGAGACCUCCCUUGGAGAAGAAGAGCAACAACAAAAUCUGGAAAUGGAAAAGACAACAAACAAGAAGAAGACGAAAAGAGAGCAUAUGGGGUUUGGGUUUCGGAGGUGAUGCUGCAACAAACAAGGGUUCAGACUGUCAUUGACUACUAUAACCGUUGGAUGCAAAAAUGGCCCACCCUUCACCACCUUUCUCAGGCUUCUCUUGAGGAGGUGAAUGAGAUGUGGGCAGGGUUAGGAUAUUACAGAAGAGCUCGUUUUCUUCUGGAGGGAGCCAGGAUGAUUGUUGCCGGGGGAAGCAAGUUUCCGAACACCGUUUCUGCCUUGAGGAAGGUUCCAGGAAUAGGAGAUUAUACGGCUGGAGCAAUCGCUUCUAUAGCAUUCAAACAGGUGGUGCCUGUAGUCGAUGGGAAUGUAGUAAGGGUGCUGGCCAGACUAAAAGCUAUUUCUGCGAAUCCGAAAGACAAACAUACUGUGAAGAACUUUUGGAAGCUGGCAGCUCAACUCGUUGAUCCUUCGCGACCAGGGGAUUUCAACCAGUCUCUGAUGGAACUAGGUGCAACUUUAUGUACCCCAUUGAACCCAAGCUGCACUACAUGUCCUGUUUCAAGCCAAUGUCGUGCAUUAGGUAAUUCCACAAAUGACGAAUCGGUUAUGGUGACGGAUUAUCCUAUGAAGGUGGUAAAGGCCAAACAAAGAAACGAUUUUUCUACUGUUUGUGUUGUGGAGAUAUCUGAUGCAAGCCAAAAUAGAUCACAACAAACCAAAUCCAACAGCAGAUUCCUUCUCGUCAAGCGGCCGGACGAGGGAUUACUUGCUGGUCUUUGGGAGUUCCCUUGUGUUACAUUGGAUGAAGAAGCUGAUUUAUCCAUGAGGAGAAAAUUAAUUGAUCAACUAUUGAAGAAGUCAUUUAAACUUGACCCUCCAAAGAACUGUAGCAUAAUUUCUAGGGAACUUGUUGGGGAAUUUGUCCAUGUUUUCACUCACAUCCGCCGUAAGAUUUAUGUCGAGUUCUUGGUGUUACGUCUCAAAGGUGGAAUGCAUGACUUGUUCAAAGAGGAUGGCAUAAAAACCAUGGAUUGGAAACUUUUGGACCGAGAAUCGGUUUCAAGUAUGGGGUUGACAUCAGCUGUUAGGAAGGUACACUCCAUGGUUCAAAAAUUUAAACAGAAUGGAUCGUCCAGCAAUUCCAUCAGAUCGAGAAAAAAACCAAAGCAUACAUGAACAUAGUUGAGCAUGGAUUCAAACAACGAACCGAUUCACCAUGGAAAAUAUGGUCAACCUUUGUUCAUAAGUUUGUGCAAUGAUAUCAGCGACUGCUGCCUGGUGGUGUAUUCAUCAUGGAUUUGUUCUACCUUCAUUUUUCGAGAAAUAUGAGCGUGGUGUAUCAUAUCUAUAAUAUUAUCUUCCCUCUAAAUGCUGCCAUUUUUGGUUCAAUCAGUCAGGUGUGGCAGCUUUCAGUUUUACUUAACCGA